GAGCGCGGAGAACGUUUGUUUGGAUGCUUCCGUGGACCAGCGAUGGGGGGGACGCGGGGAGUCGCUUAGUCGCGGGCACAUCCGCGGUGUUGGUUGGGUUGUUGACGUGGGAGACAGCUCUCACCCCCGUUCCGCGAAGGACGACCACUCGAUGGUAUAUAUCAGCCCAGACGCCUGGUCCUGGCGCCAGUUCUCUCUAGUCGAGGAUCCUCAAGCCCGCGUAAAGUGCGCUGAUCUCGUCUCGGUGAAGGUCUCCCGUUCCAGUGCCCGGUUCAUCCGAAACGUUCGCUCACGAGUCGUCUCCGUCGAGGAUUACCCACCCGUGCACCCGGUCGGAACGUCGAAAAUGGAUCUGUCCAAGUGUGUGUUCGUCUUGUUGGCGUGCAGUGCGUUCGUCUACGCGUCCACGACGACAAAGGACGACGACGGUAUCGUCGACAGGGGGUUCCGAGCGAUGUACCGCGUCUACGAGGAGUGCCAGCACCGCAACAUGGCCGUCUCGCCGUGUCUGAAGAAAAAGGCGAUAUCGUUCUUCGAGAGGCUGGGCAGAAUGCGUACUCUGCCGCUGUCGGAGAAUUUCGAGCUGAUCAGAAUCACCGACGAGGCGCCGAAGAGCUCCACCGCCGACUUGGAGGCUAGUCUGGGGAGAAACGCUGGCAGUAAAGACGAGAUCCUGACGGAGAUCCUGCUGGAUCGGGUCGCCUCGCUGUUGAACAGCUUCAACGUGCAGAUUCGUCUGCCUAAAACGAGCCCUGGCGAGCUGAAGAGAGGCAUGGAGGAGGGCCGCGGUAAAAUGAAGAAAAUGAUGGGCAUGAUGAUGAUGGGGAUGGCCAUGAAGAUGGCGGCGCUGAUACCUCUAGCAUUGGGAGUGCUGUUCCUGCUCGCUGGAAAGGCCCUGAUUAUCAGCAAGAUCGCUCUGGUCCUGUCGCUGAUCAUCGGGCUGAAGAAGCUCCUCAGUCAGAAGCAGAGUCACGACCAUGGCGGUUGGCAGCAAAGCGGCGGUGGAUGGGACAGGAGUCUGAAGGGUGCCCUUGGAUCCACCGAGACUACCACGACGGAGGCGGCGCAAAACUACGCGCACAGCUUGGCCUACUCUGCGCGACAUCUUCAUUGA